UCCACAUCGAAGAUCAGGGACAACGACUGGACAACUUUCUCUCUCUCUAUCAUCCCCGUCGAUUUAGAUUUUAUUUUUCCCGUCGUGUCUUACUAGUAUUAUCUCUUAGGGUGAGUGCAUAUGACGCUGCAAAUGUCCUCGUCCAUCUCUAGCUCCUCCUCACGACGGCCAAUAUGGCAUCCUCGGAGCAAGUCUGUCGUCGUGCUUGCUGCAGCCUAUUCUUGGGCUGCCAAAGGAGUCUCCAGGAGCAUGGAGACAAUGACUUUUCCGGGUUCCGAUGCAGACUUCGAUGCCGAGAUCUCGCAGAUCGAGAAAAAGGUCGACAUAACUGAGGAGGAAUCACAGUGGCUGGAGAUCAUGGCUCAAGGAUGGACCUCCAAAAACGUGACUUAAGACCUUGCUUGGACUUAAUUUUAAUAGAUACUUCUCAUUUGUUUCCACCGAUUUUUUUUAGGCAGAGCAAGAACCUGCUGCAUCAACUACUCCAUCUUCCUUUUCCUCUUGCUAGAUUCAUCAUCUUCUCAGGGAAAGGAAGAAUGAACGAUGAACCGGAAAAUGAUGAUAAAAUAUCGAGACCUGCUGCUCUGUCCUACCCGUCUUCUUCUAAACCGCAGGAUUUAUGCGCGAGGACAUGUAUCUCAAUUCUUUGCACAAACAAGACCCACCAGUGCCAAUCGUGUUAAGCUGCGACCUACCGCUGGGCUGGGAAGCCGGGACAGGGAAGCUUGCCCUUUUUUACAAGGGACAAGGAGUCGCGAUACUCAAUGACGUUGAGGUAUUACUUAUAUCUAUGGUUUUAGAGGCAGUAUGAUGUUGUGUUGACUACAACAUCAUGCGUAUUUUUUAAGCUUGGAGUUCUUGGUGACUGUUGAGCUCCUUGAGAAUGACGCGGCGAACAUCAAUGGAAAUGUAGAUGAAUUAGAAUCUCAGGCCUCACCGUUCAGGUCUUCGAGCACCGCAAAGAGGAGCGAAUAGCGCGUACUUUCGGGCUUGUACAUCCUGAAUAUCCCUACAUAAAAACGUGGAUCGAGCCAGCGCACAACAGUUUGUGCGGUGGUGACCUCUCUGUGGCCCCACGUGCGGUAAGUCCCCAGCAAAGCGACGGUUUAGAUGAGUUCCGUCUGGCGCCGACACAGAUCAGGGCUCAGCUGGAGGGUCACGAUGCUGUUUUCGUUUUCCAAUUGCGCAACCCGAUCCACAAUGGCCACGCUUUACUGAUGAAAGACACACAUCGGCAACUGCUAGCUAAAGGUUUCAAGAAACCCCUGCUCUGGAUCAAUCCUCUCGGAGGAUGGACCAAAGAUGACGACGUAAAAACUUGACGUUGUCCAACUACAUUUGAUCAUCGUCAAGCAGAAGAUGAAUUACAAACGUUGAUCUCGUCAACAACACCCAACAUGAUUGUGCCAUCACUGUGAUCGUUGCUUUAAUAUAACAUCUCGUUCUCGACCUCUUCACCAUCAUGAUCUCCGUCAACAAACUUUCUCUGCGUGCCAUUGCUUCGUUCCUUUCUGGAAUGACAGGUGCCUCUCUUGACGCGUAUGUUACAGCAUCAGAAGCUGCUGAAAAAUAAAGUAUUCGGAGACGAGCUGAAGGUCUUGCUCAGUAUAUUCCCAAGUCCCAUGCUUUACGCAGGCCCGCGGGAGGUUCAAUGGCACGCACUCUCAAGACAAAACGUAUCUAUCAAUUUCGAUGACAAUUAUCACAAUGAGAUCAACAAAUUAAUUUUAUAGAAGAGAUUUACUGAAUUUCAUCUUAAAUAUGAAGUUGAGGUUUUGAAAGUUUAGUAGGAGCGCUUUUUUUAAUCAGCAACUUCCAUCCUUUCGAGGACCCUCGUCAUCUUCUAUCAUCCUUGUUUGCGAAAACUCUUGAUUAGAACAUUAGGAACCACGACAUACCAGGUUGGCGCGACGCAUUACAUCGUUGGUCGUGACCCAGCAGGCAUGAAACACCCCGGGACAAAUGAUGAUUCCUACUCCGCGUGGCACGGGCAGAAGAUGCUGAAAAUGAAUCCGCUUUUUCAGAUGACGAUAGUGCCAUUCCAGUUUGCAAGUUACGACAAAACUGUUGGCGAGAUGCGCUUCUUCGACCCCAAAAGAAAAGACGACUUCAUCUCCAUAUCGGGAACGAAAAUGCGCGCCCUUGCCCGCGCUGGGGAGACACCCCCGAAGGGCUUCAUGGACGAGGAUGGAUGGCAGGUGCUAGUCGACUACUACCAGUCUCUCACUCAACAGAAGACAGAGUUGUAGAUAGAAAAAAUAGAGUACAAGUCAUCCACCAGUAGACGUGCAGGACUCGUCUUGCUUGACUAAGUAGUUGUACGUAGUCUAUGAGUGAAGGAAAACUGGCGGCGUGCUCCAACUUCUUGUGGUUGAGAGUACAACGAGUGAGCACUGACUUUAGUACUAAUAUGUUCUGCAGAUGAUCUUCCAGGACGAUGAGCUGCGCGUGUUGGAAUACGUGCAUCUUCUUUUUCACAAAAGGGACGGCCUUACUCAAGGCGACGUCUCUGUACUCAAAUUUUUGGAAUGAAGCGGGCGCUUCAAUAGUCCGAUGAAAAAUUCAUCAUGAACGAGCACAUUCUAGAAGAGAGCCGCGUUAUUCUAGGAGGGCGGCAGAUGAUGGGGUCCAGUGAAUGUAGUUCGUACGCGCACUAUCAUCCUUCCAUCUGCCAGUCUCGCUCCUGGGUUCGUGGAGGCCUCUAUUUCUCGAAGCGCGUUCACGCGACAACAAGAAGCAAAAUCAUUUGUUUUCUUAAUAUCACAUAAAAGAUGUCGAUGAUUGACCCACCGGCGCUGUCCGUGUGAUCCCUAUCCAUUUUUCCAUGCAUUCCUUCGUAGAAAAGAUAUCGCAAGGUGCGCGCCACGCACCUCGAUUGGAUCUCAUGAACAUAACAAAUACAUCUAGAUUUACAACAUGCAGUAACAUCCGAGACAUUAUUCUGACUCUUCAUUCUGUUAGUUGUACCAGCUGAUUUUUAUGGUUGAAACGGCCUACCCGGUGAUGAGUCCUUGUCCCCAACAUGAUAAGGCCGGAAGAAGUCGUUUUCUUCGUUUUCGGUUGUCUACACGCACUCUCACGUAUUUCAUAAAUGAUAGAUAGGGUCAUGUUUUUUGCAUAUUGUUCCAUAUUCAAGUCAGAGUCAGUAUUGUUUGAAUGAUUUGCGCGUCGACGUUGUAAAAGCAUGUUGAUUCAUUAAAGACCUUUCGCAACAACCUAAAUCUCCUUUUCAACUUAUCGCGGCACUUUCCAUGUGCGUUCUUCUGGUGGCGAUGUCGCAUGCGCGAUACGCCUCGACGUGUGUCCCGAAGUUGUCAUUUGGAUAUCGCGCAUUUUUCUUGACGAAAAGUUAAGAAUAGCUACCGUGUCGCGUCUACUAUACGUGGACUGACUGUGUGGUGUAGCUGCAGAUCUUCCCUAUAGUUGUUCAAAUUGCUGCUUGGCUUCUGUAGUGUCAUAGUGAUCGGUGUUGCUGAAGUACAAGGUUUCGCUGUUCGUUGUCUGAAAAAGUGUUAGCGUCAGGCGCGAUGAAAGUACGAACAAUUAUAGCUACCCAUCGAUGUAGUAACGCUGUUGU